UUGGCGGUGCGGCUGCGAGGGUGGGCGGGAUGCGCCGCGGACCGCGCGGCUGAAGUGACGUAUCAGGAGCUGUUCAGGCUGUCGGUCGGACCACUGGAAGACCAGGUGCAGAUCGGCCCCGGUUACGAGCAGGCCGGCAUUCGCUUUUCGCUCACCGGUGGUCAGUUCCAUGUGGUCAACGCCCCGGUGCGCAAGGUGAUGCGCUUCUCUUCGCGCGGGGACCUGCUGCUGCUCCUCUACGACCCGCGGUUGAAUCCGAAGCCCGUCGGCUUGGCGGAGGCGGGACCGGACACCGUAUCCACGCGCCGUGCGAGCAGGCGCGCGCUGGGCGUCCUGGGACGGGUGGCGGCCGACUCACACGGGACGAUGUACGUGCAGGAACGGCUUGCGCCCGACGACUGGCAGACGGAGGACGAGGUGACGCGCAGCCACGUCGUGCGCCCGAUUCGACCGCACCGGCGCCGACCGGGGGUACCUGGGCAGGGAGGGUGUGAGCGGUACGCCGUUCGGGUUCGUGCAUCGCCUGGUGUCACCGCGCGGGACGAGCUGUUCGUGGUCACCCGCGACACCGUUGCCUGGCAGGUGUACUGGUUCGACGCGGAGGGGCUGCUGAGGUUCCGGCGCCGGCUUGAGGUCGCCGAUUUCACCGACGGCCCGGAAGCGGUGGAGAUCGCCUCCGUGAUCGCCGAUCCUCGGGGUCCGCCGCAUCUCCUGGUCGAGGCGGUGAUGCAGGGGAUGCAGCCCGACGGGGGCUCCGACAUCUGGCGGGUCGCGGUGGAUGGCGUACUGUACGGUGCCCGGCUCGGGCCGGAACACGUGGAUUUCUUCUGGUGGAGAACCGACCUCCUGAUGCAAACGGCGCUGACCGGCGCGGACGUAGGCGAGUUGCGCCUGGUUGAUUCCUUCCAGAUGGGGGAGAUCGACCGCGCGGCCGAGGAGCGCUUCGGUAUUCCGUCGCCGAUCCUGAUGGAGAAUGCGGCCUCAAGGCGCUCGGCGCGAUGCAACAGCGGAUCUGGCACCGGCCGCGCGGAGCGCUGCACGGCGGCCUGGGCGGCGCUGGCGGAGCGCAUCAACCGAAGCCGGGCGCGGGUCAUCGCCCUCGAUGCGCCGAGCGGCGUGGGAGAUCGUUUCGCGGCCGGCAUGCCGUCGGUCCGCGCCGACUGGACGCUGGCGCUGGAGUUGCCGAAGCGGGCGCUCUACCUGCCCGCCGCGCGUCCCGCCUGCGGCAGCAUCAUCGUCGUCCCGAUCGGCUUUCCCGCGGCGCUCACCGGCAUCGCCGGCGCCACCGCGCGGCUGCUCGGCCCCGCGGCGCUGCCAUCGUUGCUCCCGGCCGUGCGACCCGACGCGCACAAGGGGAUGCGCGGGCACGUAGCGGUCCUGGACUCGCUUCAGUCGGCUCGCGCGGGGCGCCGCUCUGGCACAGCGACCGCACGCGGGUGCAGCCGCGUGCGCGGUCUGGGUGACGCUGCACGCCGAUGCCGACACCCACCCGAUCCAGGCGGCGGCGCUCACUUCGGUGAUGGUCGCUCCGUGGUCGGAGGCCGUGGAUCCAGGCGAGCUCACCCGGCGAUUCGACAGCCUGGUGGUGGGGCCGGGAUGGGGGACCGGGCCGGCUCGCGCGGAGUGGUUGGAACGGCUGCUUUGGAGCUGCCGGACCUGCGUGGGGUGUGCUCUGGAUGCCGCGAUGCGAUCUACGUUGAUCGGCCGAUUUUUGGUUUUGCUUCGUGCUGGUAG